UUACAGGGAGGAUUUUUGUGUGCGUGUGCGUGUGUGUGUGUGUGUGUGUGUGUGUGUGUGUGUGUGUGUGUACUCAUCUACCUAUUGUGAUUUAGGACCCAGUUUAUAUCAAAUCCACGCUUAAGGAAAGACUAGAAGGCAACCAGGAGGGUAGCAUGCUUUUUGCCUAGCUCUGCCCCGCAGUGACUGUGCGUGUGUGCGCUUGUGUGAGCGUGUGUGCGCAAACCUCACGCAUGACUCGCGCGUCCACCCGGGUACCACAAUCAGACCCCAAAGCGAACAGAGGCAUCACAGGCGUCCCAGCAGUUCCAGAGAUGGUGAUUAUAGACUGACGAGUCACUGAGGCUGUGUGGAGGCUGUAUUAAUCGCUCCAGACACCAGCAGACAGAAUGAAGCGACCUGGGGCCAUCUUCCUCCCCCUGUUCCUCCUCCUCUGUAUCUCUCUGCCCGUACACUCCUCGAUCUCCAACUGCGUCAUCAAGCGAGAGCAGGAGCGAUGCAUGGAGAGGAUCGCGCUUCAUGACCCGACGCAGGACCAGGAGUUCGGUUGUGCUUGGGAAUGGGAUAACCUGACGUGCUGGCAGGCGGCGAGCUUGGGCGAGAUCGUGGUGGUCAACUGCCCUGAACUCUUUGAGUUCAUGAGCCCUGAAGGAGGGCCCGGGAAGAUCAGUAGGAAUUGUACAGAGGACGGCUGGUCAGAGCCGUACCCGCAUUACGUGGAUGCUUGUCUGUCUGAGGAAAAUGGCACCAAGCCGGAUACGUACUAUCCCUCGGUGAAGGCUCUGUACACUGUGGGCUACAGCACGUCUCUGGUAUCCCUCACAACUGCCAUGGUCAUCCUCUGCAGGUUCAGGAAGCUGCACUGCACCAGGAACUUCAUCCACAUGAACCUGUUUGUGUCGUUUAUCCUGAGAGCCAUCUCGGUCUUCAUUAAAGAUGGGGUGCUGUACGCUGAGGAGGACAGCGACCACUGUUUUGAGCACACGGUGGCGUGCAAGACGGUGAUGGUGUUCUUUCAUUACUGCGUCAUGUCCAACUACUUCUGGCUGUUCAUAGAGGGCCUGUAUCUUUUCACACUGCUGGUGGAGACCUUCUUCCCGGAGAGGAGAUACUUUUACUGGUACACCCUCAUCGGCUGGGGCACUCCAACUAUUUGCGUGACUAUAUGGGCGGUUCUGCGGCUACAUUUUGACAACACUGGUUGCUGGGAUAUGAAUGACCACACUGCCCUCUGGUGGGUGAUCAAGGGACCUGUGGUUACUUCAAUUAUGAUAAACUUUGUGCUCUUUAUUGGGAUCAUCAUCAUCCUCGUCCAGAAGCUGCAGUCUCCAGAUGUUGGAGGGAACGAGUCCAGCAUUUACCUCAGCUGUGCUCAGAAAUGCUUCAGUGAGCCCGCACAGGCUGUCCAGCAUUCGUGCAGGAUGUCAGAGCUUUCUACCAUCACCCUGAGGUUGGCUCGCUCCACACUGCUGCUCAUCCCUUUGUUCGGGAUUCACUACACGGUGUUCGCCUUUUCCCCAGAAGAAGUCAGCAAGCGGGAGCGACUAGUGUUCGAGCUCGGACUCGGCUCUUUCCAGGGCUUUGUGGUGGCUGUGCUGUACUGCUUCCUGAACGGAGAGUUUCUGCCUGAAGGUGCAGUCGGAGAUCAAGAGGAAAUGGCGCAGCUGGACGGUGAACAGAUACUUUGCUGUGGACCUGAAGCAGCAGCGGCACCCUUCGCUAGCGAGCAGCGGCGUGAACGGGGGGACGCAGCUCUCCAUCCUCAGCAAGAGCAGCUCACAGAUCCGCAUGUCCAGCCCCCAGGCCGAGAGCGCAACCCUCAACCUGCCGACCUGAGCGUCUGAUUAGAUGAGCCAACUCCAAAUCUGAUCCCAUAAAUCCGCCCCUUUCUGAUUAAACCCUGCUCUAGCCUCGGGGUCUCGCUCACUGGACCGACUGAAGAGGCUGUCUAAUUAUCAAUAUUUGUCCGUUAAUGAAACAAAGACAUGAUACAUGACACAUGAUACAUGACACAUAACAUAUAAAUUAGGAUUUUGCUCGAAAAUCUGUUCCAAAUGCUACAUUAAGAGCAUCGCCGCUAGUCUCGGUUUCUACCAGGUACAGUAGAAGCUUAAUUUACCAUAGAAAGUUAUUGUAGAAGCAUAAUUUACCACAGAAAGUUAGUUAAAGCUAAAUUUACCACAGAAAGUUACUGUUAAAGCCAAAUUUACCACAGAAAGUUACUGUUAAAGCUAAAUGUACCACAGAAAGUUAUUGAAGAAGCUUAAUUUACCACAGAAAGUUACUGUUAAAGCCAAAUUUACCACAGGAAGUUACAGUAGCACUAGAAAUCAGAUUCUGUGCAAAAUAUAAUUAUCAUCAUCAUCAUCAUCUAUGUUCUCAAGGUUUGAUCCAAUCCGAUGGAAACACAUCUGAUCUCAAACGACCCACAAUCCGUUUUUAGUCUUGGAACAACUUUCAGACGUGUGUUACUUUUUUAAUAACUAACAAAUAACUGCAAAUAAAUUAGGAUGUAAGAGCAGCGAUGAGUCGGAACAGACGACGUGCAAACAGGCCGCGGAAUCUGAUUACAAACAUCUAACACCAGAUACGGCUAAAAAAUAUAGAACUUCCUGUCAUCAGGCAUCAGAUUGCUUUUUGUCAGUGAUUCAGUUUUCUUGUGUUGCAGAAAAACCACAGAACAUUCUGACUGUGUAAGGAAUAAAACACCUGAGGUGUGAUUUUAAACGAAAAGGAUGAACUUUUCCUCUAACUGCAUAUCUCACGUCUUUUAUUCCUCUGUUACAGCAGAAAGGUACAAAUAAGAAACGGCAACAAGUUACUCUCAAAGUUAGGGAAAGACAACAACAUCUUCAUCAUCAUCAUCGUCAACAUCAUCAUCAUCGUCAUCAUCAUCAACACCAUCAUCGAUAUCAUCAUCAUCUUUAAUAUCGACAAGAUCAUCCUCAUCAUUCUCUCUCUCUUUCUUUUUUUACUCUCUCCUUUCUUCUCCUUUCUCUCUUUCAUUCUCUCUGAGUUUUGCUUUCUUUCUUGUAUUCACUUUAGCUCUCUUCUCUUAUGUUCUCUCUCUUUCUCUCUCUCUCUCUCUCUCUCUCUCUCUCUCUCUCUCUCUCUUUUCUUCUCUCUCACAUUUCAUUUCGUUCGAUGUAGUCAUUAGUCACCAACACAGUUAAAGUGCAGAAUUCCUUUUAAAAAAUAUUCCUAUUUUUUUCUCUCACGAGACUCAACGAUCGUUACAUAUCUGGAAAUUAUAUAAAAGUGUGACAGAUUUAUAAAGUGAAUCGAUGUGUUAAAAUACUUUGUCAUUUCCGACCGUCGUCCAUUCAGAGUUAAAAGUGCCAAUAUAUGAUUAUUUUCAUAUCGUCUUCUCUGUAAAAUAGUGAUUCUGUUUGGUUUUUUUUUGUUUGUUUUUUUUCAGAGUGACCAUGUAAAACAUUUCUCUAUACUCAGCAGCACUGCUUGUAAAAAUGGCUCAAGCUUCCGUAGUGAAAACCUGUGUCUUGAUGAUUUUUUUUUUUCCGUCAGCCGCAAGUACAGAGUAUGUCAACUAUGUAAAGACUCGGGAAUUGAUACCUAUAGUCACGAAAAUAUGCUAUUUGUUUAAAAAUCGGUUGCUAUUUUCUUUAUUUGGAUGUUAGCGAGUGUAAUUCUUUAGAUCAUUAAAAUCACCAAAAAAAAAAUUUUGUUAUUAAAUCGAAAGAAAUACAUCUAAA